AAAGACACAUCUCUAAACAGGAACAGCUGUUAUCUGUCAUCAGUUUCGUAAACUCUGAUCUGAUUCAUAAUUUUAUAUAGCAUCGUAUCGAAAUAUAACCUAUAAUACAGUUUAUUUUUGAAUUUCACUCUAUAUUAUUUUUUUUUAAUUUCACUCUUGUUCAUUUAUGUUUUUUCUGAUCAACGAUGAUUCAACUGUUCCAUUAAAAGAAAUCAACGUCACUGUGCUAUUUAAUAUUUAUCUGGAAAGAUGACAGCUGUGGAUGGACUUCAGUCUUCUAUGAACGAUAAAACUUUGUCAAAUAAUAAUAGUUCUAAAUCUAAUGAAGUAUAUUCUACAGAAAAAUAUUUUCAAUCCCUCGAAAAAUGGCUUCAAGAAGCAUACAUGUGGCAAAGUGUAACAGCAAGUUUUCCUUAUUUUCUGUGGUAUAACCAUUGUGCUGCUAAUCAGAUUUCUCCUAGCCUUAUUCAGAAUUCAAGUGGCCAGUUUUCCUAUCCCAAUUUACAAAACUUGGGGAAUAAUAAUCAAAAUUCCUCAUUUCAAAAUACUACAAUCCCCGAAGGAAUAGAAUGCAAGAUACCCCCACUGUGGAAAAGACUUACGGCUGAAUUCCUAGAUUUUAUAAUCUUAUUCCUCAUCAAGCUUCUCAUAAUGUUUAUCGCUAUCGACUUUGUUGAUAUGAUAGAUGUGUACAACGUAGACUUUGAUUUGCAAAGUUUCUUGGACUAUGACAUUUUGCAAAAAGAAAUCAAACUUGAUUAUAGAGUUGCAUUGCAAAUGGUGAUUUGGGAGAUGGUCCAUAGGGUGCUUGUUUGUGCUUUUGAGACGUUGUGGUUGGCGAAAUCAGUGGGUGGUCGUAUAGGCGGAGCGACGCCAGGGAAAACAGUGAUGGGACUGUGUGUGGUGAGAUGUGACACCAUCACCCCGCUGCCGCUGCGAACCGAACAUGACGUCUUCCUAGUGAAACCCGGCACUGACCUGGGCAUGCGAUCUGCUUUUCUCAGAUCAUUCAUCAAAAAUCUUGUCUUAGCAUUCUUCUUACCUGCAAACUUAUUUUCGCGUGUUGGUCAUAAUAGGACAAUCUAUGACACGAUUUGCAAAACAAUUGUCAUUGAAGAACCAGUCAGACACAGACGGCCACAUCAAAAUUGAUACAAAUUACCUUUUAAUCUGCGUGUUGGAUUUUUAACAAUCAUCUACCAUUAUUGUGAUAUCAUUAUUCGUUGUUUGUGUGUUCUUCAAAUAUGUCAAAUCCUUAAAAAUUUGGAAUAAAAUAGUAUUAUAAUGUGUAAUUGGCAUUAUAUACCUUUUCACCCAACCACUUAGAAUUUUCUAUAGUGAGAAUCACGUUCUAAAGCAAGUAUCUGAUUAACAUUGAUUUUGCUAUCCUAGUGUCAUUAGAAAAAGCAUAUAAGUAACUAUCCUUUUCCAAUUCCAGAUGACAAAGCAAUGUUUAAAGUUUUAUUGUUUACAUCAGCAUGAAACCAAGUUAGUUUUUUCUCCAAUUCAUAAUACAUUCGCUUCAACCAUGAAAAGGUGGAGAAUUCCGUCAGUUUUGUAGUUAAGUGAAAGUGUACACAUUAAUGCCCACUCUUCGUCAUUCUAUUCCAAUUCUUUCACUUUUUAAAAAGAACGUUUCUAAAGCAUACAAAUACUUCAAGAGGAGAGAGAAAAACAACACAAUAAAACUUACAACACAAAAGAGCUACAUAAUUUGUGUGAAAUUUAGUCUUAGAAAAGAGUGGACUGUAUAAAUAGGAAAGAAUAAAUCAAAUUCUG